AAACAUGCAUUUCCAUAUCUUGUUUUGCUUCUGCAGCUCUCUUCCAUCGGAUUCCACUCAGUUGACAGUCUUAUAUGGAUCUUUAUUGUUCUGCCGCGUCAUUGUAGAAUUGAAAGUUGCGGCACAAACAUCUAACCAACAGAGAAAAUACAAGUUACAAACUUACAAUUCUCCAGGCCUAGAAAUCAUAAGUUUAUCACACGUUCGACGUUACCAACCAAGUACAUUUAGCAUCAGGCCGUUAAUUUUAUCCCUACGAGCUAGAUAAUCGCGUCUAAAGUGCAAAACAUUGACGAACAAUUUGGAUUCGAAUCGUCUUAUUAUGCCCAGACGUUUCUUGGACUAACUGUUUAUUUAAUUUACUUAAAAACAGCUUGACGGAGAAGACAUUGUUAUCUGCUACUAUAUAGAAUAUGGCAUCCACAGCUCUAUAAACUCAACAAUAAGUCUUCGAGUGUCUCUGCGUUAGCAGGUGAUUUAUCAGCGCGGGAUUUUCAAUGGGAGAAGUAUGUGUUAAUGAUGGUGGUUUUAUGAUUACACGAGCAGAAGCAGUAAUAGUUCAGCCGGAAGCUAAGACGAGUACUAAUGUUCAAGAACUCCAGCUGACGAACCUGGAUCAGUACUUUUCUCCAGUGGUUCGGACAGUGUUUUGUUAUAAAAGGCGAGAUGAUGAUAAGAAGAGUAUGGAAGGCGUUGGGCGCGUUAUAAGGGAGGCUCUGGCAAAGGUUUUGGUUCAUUUUUACCCGCUUGCAGGAGAGUUGACAGUCAGUAGUGAGGGGAAGCUUGUCGUGAAAUGCACAAACAGAGGUGUGCCGUUUGUUGAAGCUGUGGCGGAUUGUGAUCUUGAGGUGUUGGGAGAUAUCACGAUCCCUGAUCCUGCAGUGUUGAGCAGGCUUGUUUAUAUGGAUCCUGCUGCUGAGAACAUGCUCCAGAUGCCCUUACUAACUGCACAGGUGACAAGGUUCAAGUGUGGAGGAUUUGUAAUGGGGAUGGCCCUGAAUCACUGCAUGGCAGACGGGAUAUCAGCAAUGCAGUUUGUUAACGCAUGGAGCGAAGCAGCAAGAGGCAUAUCUCCGACAACGUUACCAUACCUCGACAGAUCAGCUCUCAGAUCAAGAAAACCUCCGAUCAUCAGCCACCCUCACGACCAGCUCCUCGAAACCAACUGCAUUUCCACACAGCCUUCACAAGGCGAAGUAGUCUACAAAUUAUUCGAAUUUGAUCAGAAAAAACUUACUAGGCUCAAGAAAACCAUCAUGCAAGACGGAACCAUCACCAGCUGCACCACAUUCGUGGCCCUCACCGCCUUGAUCUGGCGCGCAAAAUGCAGAGCCUAUAACACACAACAACAACAACAAGCCAAGCUUUUGCUAGUGGUGGACGGGAGAUCAAAGCUGAAAAACCCUCCAUUGCCUAAGGACUAUUUCGGGAACGUAAUAGUCCUAACAUGUUGUGUCUGCAAUGCAGGGGAUUUGAUGGAGAAGCCAUUAUCUCACGCAGCGCAGCUUGUGCAGAAUACCAUAAACAAUGUGGAUGAUGAGUUCAUUAGGUCCGAGAUCGAUUAUCUCGAAAUAACUAAAGAAAAGUUGGAUUAUUCGACAACUCUGUUAGUUUCUUCGUGGACAAGACUUGCGUUCAGGGCCAUGGACUUCGGGUGGGGAGAACCGACGCAGUCUGGCUGCGUAACCUUGCCGGAAAAAGAAGUUGCGUUUUUCUUUUCAGGUGCUGGCAAGGCAAAAACGGGAACUACAGUUCUCAUAGGUUUGCCGGUCACUGCCAUGAAAUCAUUCCAAGAAUUCAUACACGUUUAAGUGGGGAGCCUAGUGAAAUUCAGGUGGUCACCUUAAAUUUCAAUAUGUAUCCAUUAUUUACUUUUUUUUAAUAAUAUUUAAUUUGUGUGCGA